AUGGCGUGCUUUGUAGAGGGAUGUCAGGAAGACGAUGGCCUUAAGAAGGACCCGUGUACUGUGUGUGGAAGGCUUAUACAUCACAUGUGUGCUAUUGGCGUCUACGAAGGCAGCGAUUCGGCACUAAAUGAAAGUCCUUCUUGUGUGCGUGUCGUGUAUCCAGAGGUCAGCCCACCUGCGUCAGCUUCCGCCUCUGGUAAACGGACAAUCACGUCUGGUGGAUUGAGAGAUAUUUGGAAGGGUACCGAUUCGGACUUCACCCCAUCUCCAGAUCUGUCUGGGGUCAGGGAUGACGAUCGCGAAGUGAAGCGGCAGAGAACUGCUCCAAGCCCUGCCGUAAAUGCCUCGAAGAAGAAGCCACCUCUGUCUACGCAGACCAAGGCUGGGAAGAAGAAAGCAGCUCCGUCUUCAGAAGCUGCCGACAGUCUUUUCACGGCCGCACCGAUACCGCUGCCUGCACCUCCGAUGUCAGGUCUUGGCGUGCCACUUACCGUUAAGCACGCGAGGAAAGCGGACACAACAGACGAUCUCUGGGAUCUCGUCCACACCCUGGACGUGCCGUACAAAAAGAAAAACCCUUGGAAGCCGUCCUCUCAACUAUAUCGCAGCAGCUGCCUGUUGUGCUGCAAGACUAUCAAGUCCCGCUCCAAGACGAAUCCAUAUAGUUUGGAAGAGGCUCUCAGGAAUACCAAGAACGCAAGCAAUUCAAAGGAUCACAUCAAACUGAAGCACGCCGACCAUUUUCUUGCCAUUUUUGCGGAGCAGAGUGCUACGGAUAAGUCCAGGAAAGAUGUUGAGUCCGCCGAAGUGGAUUCCGCGUCCGUGUUGGACCUGACGCGGGAUCCGGAUCAAAACCAAACGUCCAUGACUUCUCCUGACGAUGCGAGAGUGGUGUCAGGAGGAAGUGCUUCUAAGUUCUUCUUCCGAGUGAGCGAGAAGACUUUGAACGUUCUCGUCUCGAAGCUCUUGAUAUCAUAG